AUGCUCGACUCCAGACGAAUCAAAACAGACCCUUUGCUUAACCAAGUAGCACCGCACAUUAGUGAUCAUCCUACUGACACUAGUCAAUCAUCUGAAUUAUCAGAGCUUCUUCUAGUAAAAUAUCGACAGACUCCGCACUUUGAAUACGGCAGUACGAUCUCCGAAUUGACAAGAAAUGGCGAAGAUGAAGUGAUAAUUAGCGACCCGAUACUGGUAUCUGCCAUUGCUAAUCUCAGUACAGCCUAUAAUUUGGCUGUGAUCAACUAUGCGCUAAUGAUGCUGGAACGGUCGUAUCCAAACUCUAGUCCAGAGCUCCGGUCGACUGUAGACUCGUGCUCAUUGGUUGGAGCUAUUGUGGGACAACUCACUUUUGGCUAUGUUGGGGCGGUUGUGGGCCGUAAGAAGGGUAUGAUCUUGACGCUGCUCUUGUCCAUUUUAGGAGCUGCGUCGAGUGCUCUAUUACCAUGGGGAACCGACUCUGUUUAUCACAUACUAGCAGCAUGUCGAUUUGUGCUAGGAGUCGGAGUUGGGGGUGUUUAUCCACUAUCAGCAGCGUCAGCAGUAGAGUCGACACAUAGUCAAGAUGAGUUCAGAAAGAGCAAGAUUGUUGCGGCGGUGUUUAGCUUUCAGGGCAUUGGACAGCUAUUAGCACCAUUGAUGGCAUACAUUAUGUUAAUUUUACAGGUACAACGCGCAAUUGAAUGGCGAUUACUUUUAUUGAUUGGCGCUUUUCCUGGUUUAUUUGUGCUCCGUCGAGCAUUUGAUGUUAAAGAAGAUUUACCAUUGUCGUCCACCACUCCAUUAAUUGAGCUUCAAAGAUUCGGAGUCAAAGGGUCACAUCGCCUGUCAUUGUGGAAAAAGUUACAAGCUAGUCCUUCGCUGCGGCGGAAAUUGUUUGGUGCCUGCGCUAGCUGGUUCCUCUUUGACGUAACAUUUUAUGGGAAUGUAAUCUUCACACCAAUUAUUUUGCAAGAUACGUACGGUUUGGAUAAACAUCAUUUCGCUGACGUUGCACUUUGUUCGCUAGUUGUGGCAGCCAUUGCUCUACCUGGUAACCUGCUUGCCAUCUGUGUUGUUGGUAGAAUCAGCUUUAAAGCAAUUCAAAUCUUGGGCUUUGUCGUGAUGGCGUUGCUCUUUUUAGCAUUAGGAGUUUUCUACGAACAAUUACUGGAUUACAGAGGUUUGCUGCUUGGAAUGUACGCGCUUACAUUCUUCUUCUCGAAUUUUGGACCAAAUGUCGGUACGUUUUGCCUUCCCGCUGAGAUUUUCUCGGAAGACGUGCGUGUUGAGCUCAACGGAAUUGCUGCAGCAGCGGGUAAACUCGGCGCUGCAGUUGGAGCUGCUUCAUUUGGAAUUAUUGAAGCUCGGUUCGGCGUAUCGUACCUAUUGGGUUUAAGUGCGACGGUCUCGAUGCUUGGAGCACUCGUUACUUAUAAGUACAUCCCGUCAAAGCACUACCUUCCGUCGACACAUCGUUGA